AUGUUGGGGUCCUGCGACGAGUCGGCAGCGGCUGCAGAGGAAACAACCGACAGCUUCUGGGAGGUGGGGAACUACAAGCGCACGGUGAAGCGAAUUGACGACGGGCACCGGCUCUGCAAUGACCUCAUGAACUGUGUGCAUGAGCGGGCCAAGAUCGAGAAGUCCUACGCCCAGCAGCUCACCGACUGGUCCAAGCGGUGGAGGCAGCUCAUCGAGAAAGGUCCCCAGUACGGCAGCCUGGAGAGGGCGUGGGGUGCCAUCAUGACGGAGGCGGACAAGGUGAGCGAGCUGCACCAGGAUGUGAAGAACAGCCUGCUGAAUGAUGACUUCGAGAAGGUCAAGAACUGGCAGAAGGAUGCCUACCACAAGCAGAUCAUGGGAGGCUUCAAGGAGGCCAAGGAGGCUGAGGACGGCUUCCGGAAAGCCCAGAAGCCCUGGGCCAAGAAGCUCAAGGAGCUGGAGACAGCCAAGAAAGCCUACCACCUGGCCUGCAAGGAGGAGAAGCUGGCAAUGACCCGGGAAGCCAACAGCAAGGCAGAGCAGUCCAACACCCCAGAGCAGCAGAAGAAGCUCCAGGACAAAGUGGAAAAGUGCAAGCAAGAUGUGCAAAAGACUCAGGAGAAGUACGAGAAGGUGCUGGAUGAGCUGAACAAGUGCACCCCGCAGUACAUCGAGAGCAUGGAGCAGGUCUUUGAGCAGUGCCAGCAGUUCGAGGAGAAGAGGCUCAACUUCCUCAAGGAAGUGCUGCUGGACAUCAAGAGGCACUUGAACCUGGCUGAGAGCAGCAGCUACGCUAACGUCUACCGGGAGCUGGAGCAGACCAUCCGCCUCUCGGACGCACAGGAGGAUCUCCGGUGGUUCCGCAGCUCCAGUGGCCCCGGGAUGCCCAUGAACUGGCCCCAGUUUGAGGAGUGGAACCCGGACCUGACGCACACGAUAACACGGAAGGAGAAGCAGAAGAAGGGCGAGGGGGUGACCCUGACCAACACCAGCAGCAUGGGCGAGACGGGGGCACCAGCGGGCGAGCGUGGAACCCUCCAUCUCCUUUCCCACCCCAGCAUUAGCAGCCAUGACCGUGGGCAGACCUACAGUGCGGAGUGGUCCGACGAUGAAGGCAGCAACUCCCAGCUCUGCCAGCCCCUCCAUCUCCUUUCCCACCCCAGCAUUAGCAGCCAUGACCGUGGGCAGACCUACAGUGCGGAGUGGUCCGACGAUGAAGGCAGCAACUCCUUCAACACCAGCGAGGCCAACGGCGGCACCAACCCCUUCGACGAGGAGUCGUCAGGGAAGGGCGUGCGGGUGCGGGCUCUGUACGACUAUGACGGGCAGGAGCAGGACGAGCUCAGCUUCAAAGCAGGUGAUGAACUAACCAAACUCGGUGAAGAAGACGAGCAAGGAUGGUGCAAAGGGCGCUUGGACAACGGGCAGCUAGGUCUCUACCCCGCCAACUACGUGGAGGCAAUCUAAGUCUUGUGGUGUGCUCCUCGUUGCCGUCAGCAGAUAAAUCCACCCUCCGUUGUCUCCAUCUCUCCACCAGCCAACCAGCCAUUUUGCCGUCUGGUCCUUCACUCCACAGUUAGAGAUUCAGACAUAUUUUCCGACCAAGCUUUUAUUUUUUUAAGAGUUGUCUCCAAAGAGUAUUUUGCAUAGUCGCUUUCUUCUUCUUCUAAGAUAACGUGAAGCGAAAGAUGACGUUGUCUGUUCGUCUACGUUAGUUGAUUUUUUUCCAAGCG